CUUUCCUGAAUCCUGGUUCCUAUUUCCUCUCACUAAAAUCCACUCAACUUACCAGUUACCAUUCUACUUCUUUUUUCGUCCGCUAACCGUUUCACCUCUCCCUCUCCUUCUCCCUCUCCCUUUCUCUCUCAGGUGAGACAAUCAGACAAACGGAUGAAUAGAAUGGGAAACACUGGCUAGAAUUAAUUUGGUCAAUCAUUCUAAACAGCCAAUUAUCAAUCAACAGUGCCACUAAUUUGCUACUUAGCUUGGUUCUUCCAUGGCUUUGAUUGCAAGUAGGGUGUCUGGUGGCCCUGUGGUGACCAAUAUGACCAAUGCCACUGAGUCACAUGGGACUGUUUAUUCUUUUGCCAAGUUAUCACAGCAUACUAGAUUACACUCUGCAAGUCAAAGAGUUGAGUUUAGGAGACCAAGUAAUGGACAUCUGUUCGCUGCAAAACUGAGCUUCUCCUCUGAGAGUUUGUGGUACCCAUGUGAAAAACCUUGUGCUUAUGUUGUCUUUCGGGAACAUUCUGUUUUAUGUUCAUCAGCGGGAGCACAUAAUACUGAAGCAACUGAACGUGUUACACACCCUGCUGAUUGUUCAAGAAUAUCUCGAACCAAAGUUGGAGAUGAAGAUGUUGAAGAGUUGUUUGAUUCACUCUUGCCUGAGCAUCCAGUCAUUCCUGAAGGCACUUCUUAUUCAAGUCGGGGGCUAGCUGAAGCAUGUAAAUUUGUUUGCAAUGAUGCAAAGUAUGUUAAUGAAAGGGCCCGUAAUGACAUUGUCUUGCUUUCACGUGGCAUAAUGAGGCUAAAUGAUCGUGCCCGCCAAGAUGUUGCAGUUCUUGGUUCUGAGUUUCUUAAGCUUGAUGCUCGAGCAAGAGAGGACACUGAAAAAAUUGAUAAUAGUGUGAAGAGAAGAGCUGAACGACUGCAUCAUAUAGCCAUGGUCUUAAAAGACAAAGCUCAAUCUAAGUUGAAAAGUGCAGCAGAGCAGCAUUGGAGCGAUGGAGCAUUGGAGGCGGAUUUGCGGCGAGCUGACGUCAUUGUUAAGCGGCGAGCCAUGGAAGAUGCCCUAAUGGCUUUGGAGUUUGUCAAGAACAUUCAUGACAUGAUGGUGACUAAACUGAAACAAGGUUCUCUAUCUUCUGAUGAUGACAUGACAGAUUGUAUAGUACUUGAAAAGAACGGAAAGAGUCUUGAUAUCUUUCCUGAAGUCUCUACUGAUCGUAUUACUGCCAUUCAGGAUGCUUACUGGAGUAUGGCAUCAGCUCUAUCUGAAGCCGAUGGCAUUGACUACACUAAUCCUGAAGAGCUUGAAUUGUUAGUUGCAACUCUGAUUGAUCUUGAUGCAAUGGAUGGUAAAAGUAGUGCCUCGUUAUUGGCAGAGUGUUCAAGCUCGCCUGAUGUCAAUACCAGGAAAGCGCUAGCCAAUGCAUUGGCUGCAGCUCCAUCUAUGUGGACUCUUGGAAAUGCAGGCAUGGGAGCAUUGCAGAGGCUAGCACAAGACAGCAACCCAGCUGUUGCUGCUGCAGCGUCCAAAGCCAUAGAAGAAUUGAAGAGACAGUGGGAAAUAGAAGAGGGAGAUAGUUGGAGGUUCACAAUGAAACAAAUAGCAAUGGAAAUAGAUAUGGAAGAAGAAGCUGAUGAAGAUGCUUAGACAGGCCAAGUACAGUUAUGUUUUAUUGUGAAUAUUUGCAUGAGAAAAGAUUAUCGGGCAUAAAUAAGUUUCAGAGCUUACAGGACCAAUGAAUGCAUUAUUCUUCCUAGUUCCAACAGCAAGAGAAGGAGCUCACAAGUCACAACCUAACCAAAGAUUGUCUUGCAAUGUUUAGCUCGCAUAGUUAUCUAAUGGGAAUAGUGUAUUUCAUAAUUUUGAAAUGUUUAGCUUCUCCCCUAAAGCCACAGAAGUUACUGAGUUCGCUGAUGUCUCCUCAAAUGUAAGAAGUGCUUCCAAUGAUGCUUCAAUGAUUAGCUUGUAUAGUUAUCUAAUGGAAAUAAUGUAUUUCGUAACAUUAACCUCUCCCCAAAAGCCACAGAAGUUCUCAGUUUACAAAUGUCUCAAAUGUGAGAAAGAGUUUGUAUUGUUUAGCUUGUAAAGUUAUCUAAUGGCAAUAAUGCAUUUCAUAA